GAACAUAGGUUAAAGAGUUGGAAUGAUGUGAUGAUUCAUACUAAUGUACAGUAGGUGGCGGUAUGCACCUUUUAAGUUGUUUGCAAUCCGCCAAAAGCAAGAGAAGAAGAAAUCCAACAUGGCGGCGCCCUGCAGCAGCAUUUACAGGCAAUGACUUAUGUCAGAAUUACAGCUUACAUCUUAAAAACUCUGUAGAAAUUACAUUAGGCGCCAAUAUGUUUCCGGAAACGGCUCAGUGUCUGAAAGUGGUGGCUCCGCUGUUCUCUCAAACCGUUCUCCUGAAGGACUUGUCCCGGUUGUCCACACAUGGAGGAGGAAGCCACUUUCAGGCCCGGAGACACCUCUCCAUCAGCCGCUGUCUGACAGCCAAGGUCCGGCCUGUGCGCACACCCCGGGAGAGAGUGGAGAUACCCGGGCUGGAGGCAGUCACCUACGGGGAGAAGAUGCACUAUGUGCCAGGACUGUCCAAGCCUUUCCAGCCGCAGUGGGAGAGGAGCUACAAGGACCCGGGUCACUACCGGUCCCCCCCGGCUCACGAGAUGCCGCUGUUCAAAGACAGUUCGUGCUUUGUGUUCAACCAGAGGACCAGCGCUCUGGAGGGGGUGCUUCAGGCUCUGUGGUUGACCAAAACCAAACUGAUCCCCAGUCUGCCGCCUCAGCUCCUCUCAUUGUCAGAGAAUCCUGCCAAUCAGAUCCCAGAUCAGGAUGAACGUGUGCAGAAUGCCAUCAAACACGCCCGCUUCUGGGACACCACAGAGGAGCGGCCCGGCAAAGAGAGAUACAGCAACACGAUGAUGGUCAACCUGCUCCACCUGUGUGCGACUCUGCAGAGCAGCCACCCAGCCAUUGGACGGAGGAUCCAAGCUGAGAAAUGCUCACUGGCAACUAAAUGGAAAAGAGGUAAACCGCCCUCUACUUAA